UGAAAAUCAAGUCACAUUCACAUUAUUACUCCAAAAAUUAAGCUGCAUUCACACAAUAAUAUUUUGAUUUUAUUUCACGUGAAUCUUGAAUUAUUAAAAUAAUUAAUAAUAUAAGCAUGGACCAACCUCGUCAGACUGAAGGAACGCCUGGAUUUUGUCCAGACUGUGGAUCUAUUAUUCCACCUAUGAAACCAAUGGGCGGCAGCAUCUGUUAUUUGUGUCAAAAGGAACAUGAUGUUUCUGUGUUUGGUGACAUGAGGAUAGACUAUAAUAUCCCAUUCAACAAGAUUCCAAAUGAAGACGAUAAUGACAGCAGCGAUGAUGAGCAAGCAGAAGGACCAGUUGUGGACAGAAAAUGUAAUAAAUGUGGAAAUGAUAAAAUGUCUUAUGCCUGUCUACAGCUACGAUCAGCAGAUGAAGGUCAAACUGUGUUCUUUACAUGCACAAAGUGUAAAUUUAAGGAAUCUGAGAACUCGUAAUUUAUUUAAUAAAGUUAUUAAGGUUUUUGUUACAUUCUAUAAGAUUUACGAGAACUUUCAUGACAUUCAUGACUGUGCCUGAAUAGAUGUGUGGAAAUUCUAUAGACUUAUCUAAUUUGUAGUUGAACAGCAGUCGUUUGCUAAUGAAAUCGCUGUGGUAUGAAAAAUUUCCAACUUCUAUAUAUUUCUGCUUAAUUACCGAGUACAUUUCAAUGCCAAUCUUAAAGGAUUCACUGUUAUUAAGCAUGUCUGCUGGAUAUAAGACAAUCUGGAAAUGAUGAUCGAAUUUCUCAUAAAUCUUCUUUAAAUGCUUAAUCAUUUCCUCAACAACUUCAUUAAAGGACUCUUCAUUAGUUGUUGCUAUGAAUGCUUGACAGCAUGUCGAUUGGACAGUCUUGUACAAGUUUUGAUGCUCAUAAUGAUUAGUGCUGCUGUAAAUCUUUCCAGUAUUAAUGAGUUUUAAUGGAAGUUGAGUCGGAAAAGCGAUAAGCUUUGAUAUAAAUGGCAGGUAAUUGAUAAAAGAUCCACUUCCACUUAAAUGCAGCAGGUUCAAUUUAUUGUCAAUAGCUUCUUCUUUAAGGUGGAACAAGUUUUCUGGAUUUAGAGCUGCACCUUCGGCUAUUAUGCUUCUAACAAAGUCUGGAUUGCUGAACUUGAUGAAUCCAGCAUCUCUAAGGUAGUCACAAAGAUCCAGUGGAGUAAAUAAGUCAAAUUGUGCAGCAUCUCCUUUCAUGUAAUAACAAGCUGGAUCAUAAAACUCGAUAAGUUCCUGAAUCUUUUCAUUUGGGUGCUCAAUUUCAGGCUUUUCUAAGUGACUGUAAACGAUUUCCUUAACUUUUGGUGUUUUCUCGUGAAUGAUAUUAGGGAUGUUAAGGAAGUUAUGGACGAAUUGGUCCUCUAAAUGAUAAGAAUUUUCCUUUAAUUUCUUUAAAUCUUCACGAAUGAUUUUUCCUUGCAAUCUAAGUCCUUCUGUAGCUUCAACCUUCAUUUGCUUUGCUAUAUCUAAUCGACGAUCUUCAAGUUCCUUCUUUCUAUUCUCCACAGCACUAAACAGCUCAUAUUCAUCCUUUAAAGUCUCUAAAUUUAUCGGCAAUUUUCUACGCUCAAUGUUUUCCUUAAUUUCAUUGAAAUUCUUCAUUCGCUCGUCAAUUUCUAAGAAUGGCGAGAGAACUGCAAAGUUCUCCAUAGCUUUAUCGCCUGUCACGUAAAGUGCUGUGACAUUUCGUCUUAACAUUAAGUUUGGAAUCAAAAAUCGCCGCAGCAUUUCUGUAGAAACUUAAUGUUUAUGUUUUAAAAUAAUUAUUUAAUGUAAAGUAAGUGAUGCUUAAGAUUCAAUGUUUGUUGGUUUAGUG